GUGCCACAUUGUGCUCAUAAGCACAGUUUCUGAUAUGAUUUAUGUUUGAUUUAAUAUGGUUUCUUUUUAUUACAGCAGGAUAUCACUGUGAGGGGGGCACUGGGGCACACUGGAGACUCCUGGUGCUUCAGGAACUGAAGUCAUAGAUUCUGCCCAUUUUCGGACAGAAAUACAUAAACACCCCUUUCUGAGCGCCCAGACGCGUUCACACCCAAGCAGCGUCCCUGCGUCCGGUUGCCUUGCCUCCCUAACGCGCGUCUGGUUGCCAUGGUAACUCACUGCCUUUCUAAGACGUCACCGCGCAGGGAGAAAACGCCGUGAAGCGAACUUUGUUCUGCACUUUUCCCCGAAUAAAGAGCACAAGACGACGGCGGCAGCUCUCCUCUCUCUCUUCUUCUCUUAUUUGAUUCUAUUUUAUUUCCUUUCAUUUCGUCAUUUUUUUUUUUAUUAUUGCAUGUCGUUUUAUUGACCCCACGUCAGUCACGAUGCGCCCCCCGCGGACCGACACACUCCUGACCAUCGCUGUUUUUCUCCUUCUGCUCCGGUUUCGUCUCACUUUCGCCCAGCAGCAGUGUGAUUUGACCGCUCUGGUUGGAGACAAGGUGACCGUCCCACUGGGGUAUUCAGGUGCCACAGAAGACAAUCAGCUGAUCUGGAAACGUGGAAAUUUGACAAUUUUUUACAGGGUGGAUAAGAGAGUCAGAACAGGCAAAUUAGGAGAUGUAACGAGCGAUGGAUCCCUCAUCCUGCGUCGUGUGACGAUGGACCAGUCCGGACUGUAUUCUGCGCAAGUGAUUGACAGAACAGGACUGAUGCGGCAUAACAGAGUGCAGACCUUGUGUGUGGCAGAAACAGUCUAUGGACUACUGGGAGCUGAGGCUGAACUGGAUCCGGGAGCAAAUGAGAAAAUCAAAGAAAUCAUUUGGAAAAAAAGUAACACCAAAAUAUCCGAGUGGAAAAGGGAUAAAGUGGUUUAUUAUGGCAGAUGUGAGACCGGCGAGCAGUGUGACCUGAAUAACUCUACUGGGGUGUUGGUAAUGAAAGGGUUAAAAGCAGAAGAUGAAGGACGGUACCUUGCUGAAAUCAACGGGAAAACGCCUCUAACGGGACUUGACCUGAUCCCACUGAGUAAGUAGCCGCCAUUGAUUGAUUGAUUGAUCGAUCCAGUAAUAAAUGACAGCACUACAGUAAAAGGCCCAGAGCACAUCCUGCUGCACUGAGUUCAGCACCUCGAUUUUAAAGUACCUGCACACUUUCGUCACCCUUUGCUAAGUGGCCACCUUAUAGGACGUUUUGCGGCGGCAGCGAGCGUGUCGUCACCGUGUGAAGUGCUGCGAUGACGAGGACGUCACCCGGCGGCUCAGCGUCACCGUGUUGUGUGUUCAUGGACAGCAGUUCUACAGCACUGAUGCACAGUCAGCAGCUUCAUGUCAACUUCUGUCUC